AUGGACACACUCCAUAGCAAAGAGUUUAUAUCAGCAAUCUGUCUGGGCGUAGGAGUUGGAUUCUGUAUAGGAUGGAUCAGUCGUGGUCGAGUCUUAGGAAGACGGAGACAAUCCUCAGGACAAGGGGAACUCGACGACCUUAGUGGAAAUAACAUGCUGUCUGAUACAGGCGAAUACAAAUUAAUAGUGGUAGUACGGACAGAUCUAAAGAUGGGAAAAGGGAAGAUAGCUGCACAGGUUGCCCAUGCUGCAGUGCAAGCCUACAACUCCUGUGCUAAAUAUUACCCUGAUAUGUUGAGGGAGUGGAAAUAUUCUGGCCAGCCCAAAGUGGUUGUGAAAGUGGACAGCGAGACAUCACUGUUGGCUCUGGCAUCAAAGGCAAAAACACUAGGACUGAAUGCAAGUGUAAUCAGAGAUGCUGGGAGGACACAGAUACCUGGAGGUUCAGUUACUGUCUGUGGAGUGGGUCCAGGUCCCAGUGACUUGGUGAGCUCGGUAACUGGACAUCUAAAAUUGUUAUGAUCUGGAGAUCACAUAGAUACUUAUCUCAGGAGUGAAGAUAAUUAUUUUAUUUGUUGUUAUUAGUAAAACUAAGAUAUUGAAAAGACAUCAUCAAAACACCAAGGUUUAGUUAACUGAUCAGUUAUCUAAUCUAUAUCUGAAUGUAAACAGUUGUGAGGCCUGGAAGUUAUAGUAUGUCAGAGGAAGUGUAUUCUGGUAUGACUGUGAUACACUACCAAGUAAUUGUGUUAGCUCGCCGAUAAGAGAGGAAACUUUUGUUAAGAUGAAGAUGAAAUGGAAUGUAUGUUUGUGGAAUAAAAAGUGAAAAGAUUUAUAUGAAAUGAAGAGUGAUGCUAUCAUAAUUUAUUUUUCAUGAUUUAAUUAGUAUGUACAUGUGAUGUGUCAUACAGGUUCUAUUGUAAAACAUUUGUAACGUAGUAGACAUUAAUUAUACUCCCCGCAACAGCCACCAACCCACCCACCCACCCAUGCAGAUAAUUGAGGUAUAUAGUUAUCAUUUCCAUGUCUGUGUGUAAAAUGUUUUUUGUGUUUACAAGAAGAUAUCUUAUGAACACUUGAACAAAUUUAGUUCACAUUCACAUCAAAGAAUCACACCAUCAAGUUCUACACCUGCUUUGAUUUUGAUACCAAGCUAAAAGGCCAAAGGUCAUACUGGGCAAACCACUUUUGCAACAAAAAGCUUUUGUACAGGACACCUCUUGUAUUUAACAGAAAUCAUUCGUACUUGUUCCAAAUUUUAACAACAUCAAAUUCUACUCCUGAGAAUAUUUUUAUGCUCAAUAAUCAAAGUUAUAGAGCUGAUGGUUUCACAUAACAAUUUUUGAAAUAAAAAACUUGUGUACAAAAUAUGUAAGUUCCUCAACAGAUUAAUAUGAAAUAAAAAGAUCAGGGAGUUUAUAGAUAAAUAAGUUAUUUUCUGAAU